GCUGGUGGAGGCGGAGUGUAAACCGAGGGGGACCAGCUGCUUCCGGGUGAACCGUCCCGCCCCCACGUGGACCAGCGGAGUAGGGCGCACCACGGCGGGGGCGGGCGCGGCGCCCGGGAGUCCUCUGGGAGGCAGGGCUGAGCGAGCCGCAGACCAAGAGGCCCUCACUUCCUACCGACUGGAUGCCCGGUACCCCGGGUCCCACCAUGCAGCACCAGUCAGUUCUGCACAGCGGCUACUUCCACUCCCUGCUUCGGAGCUGGCAGGCGGCCAGCACCACCCUCGGUGCCUCCAAUCUCAUCUACCCCAUCUUUGUCACGGAUGUUCCUGAGGACAUACAGCCCAUCGCCAGCCUCCCAGGAGUGGCCAGGUACGGUGUGCAGCGGCUGGAGGAGAUGCUCAGACCCCUGGUGGAAGAGGGCCUGCGCUGUGUCCUGGUCUUCGGCGUCCCCAGCAGAGUUCCCAAGGAUGAGCGGGGCUCUGCGGCCGACUCCGAGGACUCCCCGGCCAUUGAGGCCAUCCGUCUGCUGCGCAAAACCUUCCCCGGCCUCCUGGUGGCUUGCGACGUCUGCCUGUGCCCCUACACCUCCCACGGUCACUGUGGGAUUCUGAGUGAGAAUGGGGCAUUCCUGGCUGAGGAGAGCCGCCAGCGGCUGGCAGAGGUGGCACUGGCCUAUGCCAAAGCAGGAUGUCAGGUGGUGGCCCCUUCAGACAUGAUGGAUGGACGCGUGGAAGCCAUCAAGGAAGCUCUGAUGGCACAUGGAUUUGGCAACAGGGUAUCCCUGAUGAGCUAUAGUGCCAAGUUCGCUUCCUGUUUCUAUGGACCUUUCCGGGAUGCGGCUCAGUCAAGCCCAGCUUUCGGAGACCGCCGCUGCUACCAGCUGCCACCCGGGGCCCGGGGCUUGGCCCUCCGCGCCGUGGACCGGGAUGUGCGCGAGGGAGCUGACAUGCUUAUGGUGAAGCCGGGAAUGCCCUACCUGGACAUCGUGCGCGAGGUCAAGAACAAGCACCCGGAGCUGCCCCUGGCUGUGUACCACGUCUCUGGAGAGUUUGCCAUGCUGUGGCACGGAGCCCAGGCUGGGGCGUUUGAUCUCAAGGCCGCCGUCCUGGAGGCCAUGACUGCCUUUCGCAGAGCAGGUGCCGACAUCAUCAUCACCUACUACACCCCUCAGCUAUUACGGUGGCUAAAGGAAUGACUGAGAACUUGUGCAAGACCCAAGAACUAGAACUUUUCAAAGUUCCCAGGGCCUUGGAAAAGUGAAAACCAAAGUAAAUGCUGCUUUUAGAGUCGUGCCCUCUUGCCCUCUUCCUGCUCACACGCUGGCAGGGCCCCCUCCAGGGCUGGUUUCCACAGCAUGCCAAAUGUUCCACUUUUGCAGCCACUUCUUCAUGGGUUCUCCCAGGCCCCCCCCCCAACCCCUCCCCUGGGUCAACAGUAAGACUCACCUCUGCUCCAGCUUCUUCCUGCAGUGCAGCUCCACCUUGAAGACAAGCAGGAGUUGGGUGCAGGCUCAGUGGGUCCUGGGAGAGGGCUUGGAGCAGGAAAAGAGCAGUUAGAUCUUGGAUCCUAAGAAGCUCUGGAAAACUCAGCACUGCCAGCAACAGAGCUGGGCUGCUGGCACCAGGCCUUGACUGGCGUCUCUGGUUUAUAAUUGAGAUCUGCUGCGAUGCCACCCAGAUCAGUGGUUGCCAGCCUACCUGCAGCUGCCCAUUCAAUUCUGUUCUGAGCCAUAAACCCAAAGAAUUGCUCUUUAAUGCAGAAAUGUUGCCUGAGCAUCAUAUUCAGGAGCCAAGGGAGAGUUCCUGACUGUUGGGGAUGCUACCACCAUGAGGCUUUUUAUUGAAGAGAAAUUUUGUGAGAAUGUCUGCUCUGUGCCCAAGAUUGGGCUUGUUACUGGGAAUACAGCAGAACA